AUUUACUAAAAUAAUUAAAAUAAAUGUUGUGUGUACUGUGGGAGACCAGAUAUAGUGAGUGCGGGGUCCGGGGGGACCAGAUAUAGUGAAUGCAGGGUCCAGGGAGAGCGGAUAUAGUGAAUGCAGGGUCCAGGGAGAGCAGAUAUAGUGAAUGCAGGGUCCAGGGAGAGCGGAUAUAAUGAAUGCAGGUCCAGGGAGAGCGGAUAUAGUUAAUGCAGGGUCCGUGGAGAACAGAUAUAGUGAAUGUGGGGUCCAGGAAGACCGGAUAUAGUGAAUGCAGGAUCCGGGGAGAGCGGAUAUAGUGAAUUGAAUGCGGGGUCUGAGGAGACCGGAUAUAGUGAAUGCAGGAUCCGGGAGAGCGGAUAUAGUGAAUGCGGGUCCGGGGAGAGCGGAUAUAGUGAAUGGGGGGUCCGGGGGAGACCAGAUAUAGUGAAUGCGGGGUCCAGGGAGACCAAAUAUAGUGAAUGCGGGGUCCAGGGAGACUGGAUAUAGUGAAUGCAGGGAUCCGAGGAGAGCGGAUAUAGUGAAUGUGGGGUCUGGGGAGAACAGAUAUAGUGAAUGCGGGGUCCGGG